GCUGUAGUGUAUUUUCGGUUUAACUAAAAGUUCAACUUCAUCUGUCUGUCAUCUGUCAAAAGUGGUUUAUAAUAUGGCAGUAACCGCUCACAAAUGGAUUGCAUCACGGCUCUGAAGGUGCCACAACGUCAUGCACAGCUUUACAAAAAACAUUUGUCAGAGAAUGGUGCUUUAGACCAGCAGUACUGUGUACAAAAACACACAGAUGGAACAGUGACUAUCCCAGUCUUCACAUCUACCCUGUCUCACCUGGACCCUGUCACACUGCAGAGCUCUGUGGCUCCGGACAGCUUCUGUGAAAUAGUUCAACUACAGGAUCCUCAGCUGUCCAAAAAAAGCAAAGCGAAGCCGUGUCGAGAGAGAAUGAUUGAAGUUCUGCAGGAUCUGGUGGCUACUAAAGGACUGAAAUGGAGUAAGGAAUUUGAAGAUGACAUUCCCAAUGGAUGGCAAAGACAUGGAGAUCUGCUUAUGUUUGGUGAUGGGUGUUUUUCGCAAGCAAUCUGGAAAAAAAUCGGCUCUGAGUUGUGGUUGGCUGUUGCCCAAGCACUGGGCGUGACACGUCUAGCACAAAUAAAACACAUUUCCCAGGAUGGGUGGCGAACACCAAUGGUAACAAUGCUAUUAGGAGACAACAGCUAUGUAACUCACAUUGAUAACCACAUCAGGUACGAAUUUGAUGUCACCAAGUGCAUGUUCUCCUUCGGAAACAUCACAGAGAAACUGCGGAUAUCUUCCUUUGACUGCAGUGGAGAGACAGUGGUUGACCUGUAUGCAGGGAUUGGCUACUUCACCCUGCCGUAUCUGGUCCAUGCUCGUGCUGCCCAUGUACAUGCAUGUGAAUGGAACCCCGAUGCAGUCUCAGCUCUGCGAAAAAACCUGCACAUUAAUAAAGUAGCGCAUCGUUGCACUGUGCAUCAAGGAGACAACAAACAACUGUCCCUGACUGACCUAGCUGACCGAGUGAAUCUAGGCCUGAUACCAAGCUCUGAAGAGGGCUGGCCUGUGGCAUGCCGUCUCCUGCGCAAAGACACUGGUGGAAUAUUGCAUAUCCACAACAAUGUAACCACACCGAUCCAGUAUCAGAGUCUUCAGCCAUCCUCCAGUUCAAUGAAAGAUGGACAGCAGUCUAUAAAUGGAACUCAAAACAUUUCUAGAGACAGAGAAGUGUGGAACGACUGGGCCAAAAACACAGCAAUCCACAUCGUCAACCUUUUGAGAGACAACACAAGAGCUGAAUGGAGUACCAGCAUUAAGCAUAUAGAGCAUGUGAAGUCCUAUGCACCUCAUAUACAUCAUAUCGUAUUGGAUCUGGAGUGUAGACCAGUCAAAUAUGUUAACUAAUGGUCUUCUUUUUGUAUGCAACAUAUUUUUAAAAAUAUGAAAACAGAAUAAAAAAAUAUUCAAACUUUACUUGGACCUAUGUAGGGCACACUGGAAGCUAGUCUCUAUUAAUAGUAAACAAAUCAUUACAUUAGCUAUCUUCCCUGUAGCAUUCAUUUGAAUUUUCUAUUGAGCAGUGGAAUAAUAAGCUACUACUUUAUAUGUUUGAGUGUGUGUACAGUGUUUCAGCAUUCCUACACCAAACUUUCUCAUACUGGCGUCAUAAAUUUGUAAUAUAUGAGGGGCAUUCAAGUCAAACCCGGACUUGUGGUGAAGUUUCUUAUAAAUGAAGGUGUAAAACCGAUUUUAA